AAGUUCGUGAUCUCCACCAGAGUGCGUGUGGGUCGUAGCCUUGAAGGCUUUAAUUUUCCUCCUACAAUAUCAAAUGCAGAUCGUCUGAAACUUGAGAAAACGAUAUCAGAUUGUCUCAAAGGCCUAUCUGGAGAGCUUUCUGGAACCUACUACCCGUUAUCAAAUAUGGACGCUUCAACAAUGCAUCAACUGAUUGACGAUCAUUUCUUAUUCAAAAAUGAUGACUCGUGA